AUGUUCGGACUUCUUGGAACGCCCUAUACGCAGCAGUUUGAAACCACUAUUUCACGUGUAACUGAAUCCAAUAAAACAAUAUGUGCGGAUGCUGCCAAGAAAAAGGGCGCCAAGAAAGCGCGGCCGAAAUACUCCGGUAAAAAAAAGAAAAAUGUGAAGAAAGGUCGUCCGCAAGUGAGACCUCGUCCUCCUCCUCCUCCUCCUCCGAAGAAACCCACACCGCCUAUGGAACCUGCGCCAAAAUGUGACCCAGAACAAAAAGUGAUGAACAAAUUGCUUCAGGAAUAUCUUCAAAAAGACAUACAAGAUGUUCGAGGACGUCAUCACGCAUAUCCACCUCUGGUAAUGGGAGAUUUCGGUGUGCUACCAUUUGGAUGCAAGUGGGAGAUGAAUCGGAAAGAGGUCACCUGCCUCUUCGUAACUGCUGGAUUUGUGCAGUACCUGGCGGAGCUUGCAAUCCCUGGUAAUCCAGCGCUCAAGGACAUAUCCAAGGGGUUGUAUCUUUUACAGAACAUGUAG